AUGGACACACCAACCGAGUGGAAAUACCCACCAUUUGUCUGGAUUACGAGCGUUGAAAGUUUACCAAACCCAGAACUGCAAGCUGCAUCCAACAGCACUGAAAUUGGAAACACAGAGACCAUUACCUGCUUCUCCAGAAACGGAUCUCUGCCCAUUAAUUACACCUUGUUCCACAAUGAAAGAAGUAAAGGAACAGUGACUGUGUCCAAGAAGACAGGGGCCACAUUCAACAUCACCAUCUAUAAUGAGACAAGUCUCGGAUCUUAUAAAUGCAAAGCAAACUACGGUGUUCCAAACAGUACAUACAGUAAAGAGUUUACAUUUACACUGCAAAAAAGUUUAACAAACCCAGAACUGCAAGCUGCAUCCAACAGCACUGCAAUUGGAAACACAGAGAUCAUUACCUGCUUCUCCAGAAACGGAUCUCUGCCCAUUAAUUACACCUUGUUCCACAACAAAAAAAGUAAAGGAACAGUGACUGUGUCCAAGAAGACAGGGGCCACAUUCAACAUCACCAUCUAUAAUGAGACAAGUCUCGGACCUUAUAAAUGCAAAGCAGACUACGGUGUUCCAAACAGCACAUACAGUAAAGAGUUUACAUUUACACUACAAAGACAACUAUACCACAACCACCAACAUCAUCAUCACUAUCUGGUUUGGCUGAUCCCAAUGCUAAUACUCAUCCUAGUUUUACUACUGGCAGUGAUUUUGUUCAAACUAAUCAUAAAGCGCAGAAAAGACACAAUGGAGUGUAACAAGGGACAGGAAGUACUGUAUUCUACAGUGGAUCUGGGAGAAAGCAGUAGAGACACAUUGGAGUGUGACAAGGGACAGGAAGUACUGUAUUCUACAGUGGAUCUGGGAGAAAGCAGUAGAGACACAACUGGGUGUGACAAGGGACAGGAAGUACUGUAUUCUACAGUGGAGCUGGGAGAAGGCAGUAGAGACAGAACUCAGGAUGACAAAGGGCAAGUACUGUAUUCCACACUGGUGCAUAGAGAACAGACUAGAGGUAAUCAGGUCCAUGACAUCCACUCCUAAGGCGAGCUCUGGGAGGACAGAAACCUCCCAUAGAGCAGAAGGAUACAUGACAGAACACGAUAGAAGACCUGAGUACAACGUAAUGAAAGCAGCUUUGUCCUAGACGAAUAGUGCUCUCUCUCUCUCUCUCUCUCUCUCUCUGUAUAUAUAUAUAUAUAUAUAUAUAUAUAUAUAUAUAUAUACACACACACACACACACACACACACACACACACAGCCAUUGUCCCAAACACUGAAAUGUAAGGACUUACAGUAUGUGCUCUGAGCCGGGUGUGCUGUACUACCACAGUUUGUACUUUGCUUGUCUCCUCCCUGGCACUUUCCCUUCUUACAGUCUCACCAGUUGCUCCUGAGUCCCCACCCUGCAGCCAUCGCUGACACUCCUGGACCUCACUGUAGCAAAGGGAUAGGUUGGUGUGCAGGGGCAGGGAUGUCUUGGCACUCCAGGACCUCACCUAUUGCAGGUGGGAAGGAAGGGGGAGUGGUGUGUGUGGGAGGAGGUUAGUUGGUUAAGGUGUGGGAUCAGGCAUCAGGGCGCUCCUGGAUCUCACCUAUAGUGGUGGGGAAGGAAGGGGGUUGGUAUGACCAGCGGGAGCCAGGUAGCAUGGCUGUCAGGGUGCGGGUGCACUGCCAGCAAAUUCCACCUCUCCUUUCGCUGAGAUACUGUGUAAGUUGCUAGCGCACAGUGAUGGAAGUGCACCAGAGGUAAUGGAAAAGGUUAGGAACCAGGUGCCCCCUUCAGAACUUAAGCCUGAUGGCGACUGAUUCCAUGGUCUCCGAUACUUCUGCCACUGAGUGACAGUGGGGUGUCCAUUAACUUUUUUCCAAGGGCAGCAUUAAGUAGAGAAAGAGGUUUGAAUUACACUACGUUAUUAGGUUCAUUAUAUUAAUUUUAAUAUUUUAAAACAAAUAUAUACAUAUCUAGCAUUUUGACCAAAUCCAAGACAUAUUCUAAAUUCCACUGGGCUUUGAACACAUAACCUGCUGCUAGGCAUUUGGCCCAUAGACUGAGUACUGAACCUCAUGCAACACCAAAUGCUGUGCCAAUAUAACAUCGCUCCAGCAUUUCCCAUAUUUCAAAGAACAUCACCAGCGUUUGCGUUUCCGCGAAUCCAGGAAGUUAUAUCCCUUUGAGACCGCGUAAGGAGGGUCGCACACGAGAGCCGCACAGGGUUGCACACGGGAGCCGUACAUGGUUGCUUCCCAGGUGCGACUCGCCUAAGCCCCUAUUUGCUGCUGUCCCCAACCCGGCAUAUUGCUGGGUUGGUGACGUCAGCGGCGACUUGGGCAGGGGCGGUGUUUCCUGUACCUAUAGUGUUAACGGGAAACAGGUCGCAUCGACCCGGCAUUCCCGUUCACACAGCACCGCAAGCCGGGUUGAAAUACUGGGUCGACCAGAUUAUUCCAACUGGUCCUUUUCAGACUGCACAGCAACACAGGUUAUGUGCGCUCAUGUGCAAUAACCUGUGUUAAAAACUGACGGUCUGAAAGGGGUAUUAUUGAAUUUUUCAAUUUGCACUAGGACCAAAGAAGGGGCCUAUAAACAAUCUAUGGUAUCUUUGUCAAGCUUGUUCCCUCCUCCACAAUACUUCCUUCCUUUUACUAACACACCUAUCUUCCCUAUACUUAUAUACUAUAUAUCGUACACCUGGACGUUUAUUGUAAGUUUUACUGUACUUCAUGUGGUUAUUACAGCUGGUUAUAGCUUGACUACUGCGUUAUCAUGUUACUACCUUAGCCACUUUUUUCUUAAUGUUCGCCUCUCAGAAUUUGACAGGUCUUCCCCGUCCCCCAACCCUUUUUCUAUUUCUGGACCUGCUUUAUUCCUAAAAAUGUUAAUAAAAUUUGUAUUAGAAAAAAUGGAAACUCGGGAUCUCUACAUAAACUGAAAUUAUAUCCGCAUUUCAAAUAUAUUACAGUAAUAUUUAUUCAUCUACUUUCUAUGAUCCAAAUGCCGAUAACUGAUCAAGAGAUUGUAAGUUUGUGAGCAGGGCCUUCCUACCUCUAUGACUGUUUGUUGUUACCUAGUUUUGUUUUAUCAUUGUUUCCAAUUGUAAAGCGCAAUGGAAUAUACUGAUCUAUAUA